AUGGAAUAUCCUCCGCAAUAUCAACAGCCCCACGGGCAGCAUCCCCAUGCCCCGUCUCACAUCGCUGCCCCUUACCAGACAGCGCCCCCGAACGCAGGUCCUGCUGUAGGGUCAAUGACUUCUCCCACUAACCCGCAGGCACACAUGCAACAGGCUCAUCCUACACACCAGGCCUCCCCAAUCGUUCCCUCACAGUCUCACUACCAGCAACCGCAAAAUGCUCCUGGAUCAGUACAUCAGCAGAUGAGCUUUCCCCAAUCGUACGGCGUCGCAGCUGCGAUGCCGCAAACGUAUGGAAUUUCACCCACCCAGGCGGCUGCCAUGGCGACGGCUGCAGCAUCGGGCCCAUUCUAUCCAAUUCAUCAAGACUCGAUGCCGGGUCAGAUGGGACCUGGUCCUCGGGGAUCCCCACGCAUGGCUGGAGUUCAGGUGAAGAGUGAUCGGAACCCUCGUUCCCCCCCUCAAAUAUCUGGUCAAAUGGCCUCAAUGGGGCCUCAAGUCCAGAUGUCUCAGAGUGCACAGUUGCAGCAGCGUCGCAUGAGCCAUGUCGGCAGUCCUCACGUCCCGAGUGCUCAGCCUGUUCUCAACCACGUUGGCCGACCUUCCGUGCCUCCGGCCAUGGUGGCUCCGCCCCAACCUCAAAUCCAGCAAAGCCAGGCUUCUCCUGAUAUGGUUGCCGGUGGCGGAGAUGAAUCCCCACUGUAUGUGAAUGCGAAGCAGUUUCACCGCAUCCUAAAGCGUCGGGUGGCCCGACAGAAGCUGGAGGAGCAAUUGCGACUGACCUCGAAGGGACGCAAGCCUUACUUGCACGAAUCGCGUCACAAUCAUGCCAUGCGGCGUCCUAGAGGCCCUGGCGGACGGUUCUUAACAGCCGAUGAGGUUGCUGCAAUGGAGAAGAAACAAUCAGCCGGCGCCGUGGCUUCUGGGCAGGAGAACAUUGACAGCAAUGCUACGAAAUCGUUGGGGACUACCUCCCCUACGGCGCAGAAGCGCAAGUCGAGCGACGUUGACGAUGAAAAUGCCAAUCCCAAGAAGGUUAAGACCGUCGCCGCGAAAGCGAGCACCAGUGCCGAGGAGAGCGAGAACGAAUCUGCUGAGCUGUCUGACGAGGACGGUUGA